UGGAGUCGUUAGAGACGGCAAAUAUUGUUACUGGUGGUUGAUUUACUCACUUAAACAAUAAUUAUCUGUUUAAUUUGUGGAUUUUAGUAAUAUUUUCUACAAAUUAAACAAGCAGUCUUAUUUCGACAAAAAAUGUCUCGAAAAUCGAGGUCUAGAGAUGACACUUGGACAACCGAAGAGCUUGAUAAGGCAUUGAAGAGUACUACUAGCAGUACGGAAGACAACAAACGUCACAGGGACAGAAAUAUGAAUGACAAGAAGAGACGAAGUGAACGAGAGCAUAAACCCAGGAAGGAAGAACCGAUAAGUGAUGAUGACAGAAAGCCUCCUAAAGAUGAGCAAGAACGCGAAAGACAAAGAGAAGAACGGAGAAAUAAAAGAGAGCGCAAAGACAAACCUAAAAAUAGAGAUGAUAAAAGUUUAGAAAAGGAUGAAAAAAAGGAUAGAACUAGAGAAAGACAUUCAGAUAAUAAUGAAGAAAACCGGAGAAGUAAUCAUAGGUCUAGUAGGGGAAAGGAUGACGAUGAUGAUGAUAAGAGAAGAAGCACGCAUAGGUCUAAUAGGGAAAAUGAUGUUGAGAGAAAACAGAGUCACAGGUCUGGUAGAGAACAUGUUGAAGAAAAAAGGCAGGAGCGCCAUAGAUCAAACAGAGAAAAUCAGAAUGAUAAAAGGAGAAGUCAUAAAUCUAGUCGGGACAAUGACGAUAAGAGAAUGGACCAAUAUAAAUCCAGCAGAGAAAACGGUGAUGAAAAAAGGAAGAGUCAUCAGAGGUCUAGUCGAGAUGAUGAUGGUAGAAGGAGGAUUGGCCAUAGAUCAAGCCGACAAACUGAUGGUAAUAGGAAAGGAAAUCAUAAAUCAAGUAGAGAUAAUGAUGAAAUUAAAGACCACCAUAAAUCAACUAAAGAAAAUGAAAAAAAGGACAUUGAGAAAAGGCAUAGACAAGAGGAAAGUAAGGGGGAAUCGAAGAGAAGUUCAAAUUAUGAAUCAGAAGAUGAAGAUGAUGACUAUAACUAUGAAAACGAUGACUUUGAGAAUUAUGAAGAAGACUUUGAAGUAGACGAUGAAAGUGAUGAUUCUGAGCCCGAGAGGAGUCUAAAAGAUAAAGAAAUGAAUGAUAUUUUAAGAGCUUUGAAUGAGGAAAACAAAAGUUUAGUGUCAGGUUCUGCAGGAAGUAGAUCAGAAGAUAUAGAACAGAGGGGAAAUAUGUCUGAUGUAGGCCUAUCUAAAUUACAAGAGAAGCGACCAAGAACAUUUAUAAAUUUUGUGUCUGCUAAGCAGAGAGCGGUAGAUCAGAAGGUAUCCAGUAAAACAAGGAAACGUUACAAGGAUUUAGUAAGUUUAAUAGAAUUCGAUAAAACUGAGUUUGUUAUGUUUGACUUACCUCCUGUAAAGGAAUAUGACCUUUAUAUCAGAAGCUUUGGGCGUUCAGAUUCUAAACAGGCUUAUAUUCAAACGAAUGAGGAUGAUAUAGACCGAGAGGUACAGACUGAAGAAAUAGAGUAUCGUGAUAAAUGGACCCAACACCCUGCAGAAGAUUUCUUAGGUUGUGGAGGUGAUGAUAUAGAGCAGAAAACAAAUGCCAAAUCUGAAUAUAUUUCCAAACAUCAGACAGAAAAGAUAGCACAAUUUGUUUCAAAAGCAGCACAAGUCAUUGGCAUAUUAUUAGAUGAAGAGAGCGGAUUAUCAAGUAAUGAUGGUACCAAAAGUCGCAUCGAUUCAAAUUUGUCAAUAAGUUCUGAUUACAUGCAGCUUGGAACACCAAUAUUUUUACAAGGACGUUAUGUCGAAUUUGCUUCUUUCAGUUCGAGUCAGCCUAAUAUACUACUAACGUUGUAUAGUUGCUCUCAAAAGAAUGCAACUAACAACUAUGACACCAAAGGUAUUCUUUGCAUCUGGAAUGUUCUGGAACCAUCUAACCCACAAAAGAUUUUGGUCUGUGAAUCCCAACCAGCAUGUUGCUGUUUAAGUCCAAGGAAACCACUUCUGGCUUGUGCUGGUAUGGUUGAUGGUUCUAUAAUGAUGUGGGAUUUAAGAGAAGAUUCAUCUAUGCAUCAGAUGAUAACUAUUGAACAACAAGAUUACAUUUUCAGAUAUCCAACAUAUAAUACUGCUGGGAUAUCUGAGAGUGAGAAUCAUUGUAGUCGAGUUUCAUCACUCCUUCCAGUUUACCCUGAUCCAACAAGUUUGAAAUAUGAAGAGGAGAAUACCAGUAUCUCAUUGGGAUUAUCAUUCCAGUUGGCAUCAUGUGCUGAUAAUGGCUCCAUUAAUCUGUGGGUUGUGGCAGAGAUAGCAGCACCUGAUUCUGCUGGUUCUGAAUUAGAUCUUGGUUUACAACCCGGUGGAAGAAUUAAAUUGGUCAAAAGUUCAUCAUUCAAAGUACAGAUUUCUUCUCAAAUGGAUGUACAUCACACAAGUACCUAUGACUUUAAAUUUUCACCCAACGAUUUAAAUCAGUACUAUGUUGGAACUGACAUUGGUUUUAUUCUUCAUGGUGUGAGAUUAGGCACAUGUCCAUUUCCAAGAAGUCAUUCAACUACAAUAGACCGACCAGUUAGUAUAAAAUCUAUUGAUUUAUCUCCAUUUGGUCACCCUUACAUAUUAGCUGGAAGCUGUGAUGGCUGUAUAUAUCUGUACCAUACUGGUUUAGAAUACCCGCUCUUGACAUGGUGUGAUUUAGUAAAAGGAAAAUUAAAUAGUAUCAGUUUUGUUCGUUGGUCUAGAAGUCGGCCUGGUGUUUUCUUUGUUUUGGAUGACCAAUCAAUUCUUUAUACUUUUGACCUGUUGGAAGGUGAUUUCCAUCCAGUAAAAACUGAACAGAUAAGUUCUGGCUGUGUUGUUCAUAUGACAUUAAGUAAUGACUGUAAAAUUGUGUCCCCUGGAUCAGUGGAGAGAUCUCCCCAGUUAUUGCUGGCAUUGGAUAAUGGUAAAACUGAGCUACAUAAUAUUAGUAAAGACCUUGUACAACAACAAACAUUAGAACAUGAAUUUCUUAUGAAAUAUAAUGAACGGUUUUAAGGUUAUUGAACCAUCAGUUAAAAAUGUGAUUUGUGUAAAUAUCAGAUACCUAUUUAUUAUAAAUGAAUACUCUAUAUUUUGGGAUUCAUUUUAAAAUAGAUAUUAUCUCACAUGUUGUGUGUGUAUUUUCUGUUGAACAAAUUGUAUAAAUGUGUAAUGAAAGAUGUAAUUAAUUACACACAAUUAUAAUGCAGAUAAUGUCUAGAAUUCUAUUUUUCUACUUUUUGUAAAGGGAGUACCUAGAAGAAGACAUUAAAUUGAACAAGUUUAGAGAUAAUAUUGGGCUAUAAGCUGGCUUUAUAACUGAUUGGAGAUAAGCUUAGGCUAUAAGCCAGGGCCCUGGACCCCGUUUCACAAAAACUUAAAUCUCAUUAAAAUCGUCUUAAAGUAAAAUUCCAUCCUAAAUUAAGAUAGAUAUGUUACACAAAAUGAUUUUAAGCAUUUUAGAUACAAUACUGGUGCCAGUCAUUAUCACAUUUUAGAUACAAUACUGGUGCC